GCGGAAGUGGGGCAGGCGGGCGGGCGCGAGGCGUCACCGUUGUAUAUUCAUGAGGCGCGCGCAGCUCGGCAUGCUAAUGAGGCGGGGCGCGGCGGCAGGCUCAGGAGCUGCUGGGCGGCGGCGGCUGCUCGAGCGGAGCUGCGGGGCGGGAGUGGCGUAGGCGCGGGGUCACCGGCCAGCGCGAACGGGGACAUGGAGCCGUCCGGCGGGGGCCUGGCGCCCGGCCGCGGGACCCGGGACAAGAAGAAGGGUCGGAGCCCGGAUGAGCUGCCUGCGACGGGCGGCGACGGCGGCAAAUCCAAGAAAUUUACUCUGAAGCGGCUCAUGGCAGAUGAGCUGGAGAGAUUUACUAGCAUGAGAAUAAAGAAAGAAAAGGAAAAGCCCAAUUCUGCUCAUAGAAAUUCUUCUGCAUCAUAUGGAGAUGAUCCCACAGCACAGCCCUUACCCGAUUAUUCAGAUGAGCAAAUUUUAGUUCUCUUCGAACAGAUGUUGCUGGAUAUGAACCUAAAUGAGGAGAAACAGCAACCUUUGAGGGAGAAAGACAUUAUCAUCAAGAGAGAAAUGUUGUCUCAGUACUUCCACACCUCACAGGCUGGCAUGAGCCAGAAGGAAAGCUCUAGGUCUGCCAUGAUGUACAUUCAGGAGCUGAGGUCAGGCUUGCGGGAUAUGCAUCUGCUCAGCUGUCUGGAAUCCCUUCGUGUCUCUCUCAACAACAACCCUGUCAGUUGGGUUCAAACAUUUGGUGCUGAGGGUCUGGCCUCCUUAUUGGACAUCCUUAAACGACUUCAUGAUGAGGAGGAUGAGACUGCUGGCCGGAACAAGCAUGAGAUCAUUCGCUGCUUGAAAGCUUUUAUGAACAACAAGUUUGGAAUCAAAACUAUGUUAGAGACAGAAGAAGGAAUCCUACUGCUGGUCAGAGCCAUGGACCCUGCUGUUCCCAACAUGAUGAUUGAUGCAGCUAAGCUGCUUUCUGCUCUUUGCAUCCUACCACAGCCAGAGGACAUGAAUGAAAGGGUUUUGGAGGCCAUGACAGAAAGAGCUGAGAUGGAUGAUGUGGAACGGUUCCAGCCACUGCUUGAUGGAUUAAAAAGUGGGACCUCCAUUGCACUCAAGGUGGGAUGCCUCCAGCUGAUCAAUGCUCUCAUCACACCAGCGGAGGAACUUGACUUCCGAGUUCACAUCCGAAGUGAACUGAUGCGCCUGGGGCUGCAUCAGUUGUUGCAGGACCUUCGAAAGAUUGAAAAUGAUGAUAUGAAAGUGCAGCUAACUGUGUUUGAUGAACAAGGGGAAGAAGAUUCCUUUGACUUAAAGGGACGGCUAGAUGACAUUCGCAUUGAAAUGGAUGACUUUAAUGAAGUCUUCCAGAUUCUCUUAAACACAGUGAAGGAUUCAAAGGCAGAACCACACUUCCUGUCCAUCUUGCAGCACCUUCUUUUGGUCCGAAAUGACUAUGAGGCCAGACCCCAGUACUAUAAGUUGAUUGAAGAAUGUAUUUCCCAGAUAGUUCUACAUAAGAAUGGGGCUGAUCCAGACUUUAAGUGCCGACAUCUCCAGAUUGAUGUAGAGGGACUGAUUGAUCAAAUGAUUGAUAAAACAAAAGUGGAAAAAUCUGAAGCCAAAGCUACAGAGCUGGAAAAAAAACUGGAUUCAGAGUUAACAGCCCGGCAUGAGCUACAGGUAGAAAUGAAAAAGAUGGAAAGUGAUUUUGAGCAGAAACUUCAAGAUCUUCAGGGAGAAAAGGAUACGUUGGAUUCUGAAAGGCAGCAAGUUGCGACGCAGAAACAGGAACUGGAAGCUGAGGUGUCCCAGCUCACUGGAGAGGUUGCCAAGCUGUCAAAAGAACUGGAAGAUGCCAGGAAAGAAAUGGCUUCCCUCUCUGCUGCAGCUGCUGUAGCUCCUUCUGGUCCUGGCAGUGCUGCUGUUCCCUCUUCCCUUUCUUUACCUGGUUACCCUGGCACUACUGUCCCUCCCCCGCCUCCACCCCCUCCGUUACCAGGAGGAGACAGUAUACCACCCCCACCUCUUCUCCCUGGAAGUAGUACCAUUCCUCUGCCCUCACUUCCGGGUGAUCUGCCUGGGGGUACUGCCAUCCCCCCACCCCCUCCUUUGCCUGGGGGUACUGCCAUCCCCCCACCCCCUCCUUUGCCUGGGGGUACUGCUGUCCCCCCACCUCCUCCCUUGCCUGGAAAUGCUGGCAUCCCCCCACCUCCUCCUUUGCCUGGGAGUGCUGGCAUCCCCCCACCUCCUCCUUUGCCUGGGGGUACUGCUGUCCCCCCACCUCCUCCCUUGCCUGGGAGUGCUGGCAUCCCCCCACCUCCUCCCUUGCCUGGGAGUGCUGGCAUCCCCCCACCUCCUCCCUUGCCUGGGACUGCUGGCAUCCCCCCACCCCCUCCCUUGCCUGGGAUUGCUGGUGUCCCUCCACCCCCACCUUUGCCUGGGAGUGCUGGCGUCCCCCCACCUCCUCCUCCUCUGCCUGGGGAUACUGGCAUCCCCCCACCUCCUCCAUUUCCUGGAGGCCCUGGCAUUCCUCCACCUCCACCUGGAUUGGGUAUGCCUCCACCUCCCCCCUUUGGGUUUGGAGUUCCUGCAGCCCCAGCUCUGCCAUUUGGAUUAGCUCCCAAAAAGGUUUAUAAGCCAGAGGUGCAGCUCCGGAGGCCAAACUGGUCCAAGUUUGUGGCUGAAGAUCUUUCCCAGGACUGCUUCUGGACAAAGGUGAAGGAAGACCGCUUUGAGAACAAUGAACUUUUUGCCAAGCUUACCCUCACUUUCUCUGCUCAGACCAAGACCAAGAAGGAUCAGGAAGGUGGAGAAGAGAAGAAAUCUGUGCAAAAGAAAAAAGUAAAAGAGUUAAAGGUGCUGGACUCAAAGACGGCGCAGAAUCUCUCAAUCUUUCUAGGGUCCUUCCGCAUGCCCUAUCAAGAGAUUAAGAAUGUCAUCCUGGAGGUGAAUGAAGCUGUUCUCACCGAGUCCAUGAUCCAGAAUCUCAUUAAGCAGAUGCCAGAGCCGGAGCAGUUGAAAAUGCUUUCUGAACUCAAGGAUGAAUACGAUGACCUAGCCGAGUCAGAGCAGUUCGGCGUGGUGAUGGGCACUGUGCCCCGUCUGCGGCCUCGCCUCAAUGCCAUCCUCUUCAAACUACAAUUCAGUGAGCAAGUAGAGAAUAUCAAGCCCGAGAUCGUGUCUGUCACUGCUGCCUGCGAGGAGCUGCGCAAGAGUGAGAGCUUCUCCAGCCUGCUGGAGAUAACCCUGCUGGUCGGAAACUACAUGAAUGCUGGCUCGAGGAAUGCCGGUGCUUUCGGCUUCAAUAUCAGCUUCCUGUGUAAGCUUCGGGACACCAAGUCUACGGAUCAGAAGAUGACACUGCUGCACUUCCUGGCCGAGUUGUGCGAGAAUGACUAUCCCGAUGUUCUCAAGUUUCCAGACGAGCUUGCCCAUGUGGAGAAAGCCAGUCGAGUUUCUGCUGAGAACUUGCAAAAGAACCUUGACCAGAUGAAGAAACAGAUUGCGGACGUGGAGCGCGAUGUGCAGAACUUUCCGGCUGCUACAGAUGAGAAGGACAAGUUCGUUGAGAAAAUGACUAUAUCCUUUCUUGAACGGGGGUAGUUGCUCCUGGGAAGAGAAACGUCCCAUGGAGGACAGUGGGCUAGCCAUGGAAAUGUGUAAUUUUCUCUUAAAUUUGUUUUUCAGUGAAUACAUAGUUCAGCAUUUUUAUUGUUGUGGCAGUAGCAACCACCCAGAUAAACUAGAAUUCCUCGCUGCUUCCCCUUCUGUGCACCCCAUAUCCACUCCCUCUCCCAGAGGUAACCACUGCCCUUUUAAACUGCGCUGUGUACUCUUUGUACAUACUGUGUCUUGUAUCCUGUACCCACAGUACUGUAUGCGGAACAGUCUCUUCCUGGAUUGCCACCUCCUGUGUUCUGGGUGUACCAUAGUUUGUUUCCUGUUCCUAGAUUUAGAUAUGUAGAUGGCUUCUGUUUGCUGCUGUUAGAAAGAGUCCUGUGCAUGCCAGCAUCCGUGUUGAGUCACUCUCUGGGCUAGAGAAGUAGCCCGACUUCGUGGUCUUGGCCCUUUACUCCUUGGCCGCACAGCUUCGUGAAGGAGGCCCAAGAGCAGUAUAACAAGCUGCGGCUGAUGCAUUCUAACAUGGAGACCCUCUUUAAGGAGCUAGGCGACUACUUCCUCUUCGACCCCAAGAAGCUGUCUGUGGAGGAGUUCUUCAUGGACCUGCACAACUUCAGGAAUAUGUUUCUGCAAGCAGUGAAGGAGAACCAGAAGCGGCGGGAGACAGAAGAGAAGAUGCGGCGAGCUAAACUCGCCAAGGAGAAGGCAGAGAAGGAGCGGCUGGAGAAGCAGCAGAAGAGAGAGCAACUCAUAGACAUGAAUGCAG